GGGCGGUGAUGAAGGCCUGAGACCCCGGGGUCAUCGCUGAAGCUUCCUGUAAACAGGGUGGGGUGUUCCGAGCCUCCUCUUGGCCGGAGGAGCCAGAAUACAACUGAAAGGCGUCCAGAGCCCUGGAUUCACAACUAUGGGGUGAAAUCUGCUGCACUCUGGCCAGAGAAAAGACAUCUGAGACAUCCAAGUCCUGGACAAGCCUCCUGACCACUGUCCUUCACCCUUGGUCCACCAUGAAUUAUCUUCUAUCCAUGACCAUCGAAAGAAGCCACAGGUCAAGCGCCCAAUAAAGUGUAGCUGAGGAUCAGGCCAGGUGUGAUCACGAGGAGCGAGGUGCCCGUGCUCAGCCACUAUCGAUGUCAGACCAUGGAGACCUUCAGUUCCAAAGAUCUUGCCCUUCAGGCUCAAAAGAAAAUCUUGAGUCGCAUGGCCAGUAAGUCCAUGGUCAACAUGUUCAUUGACGAGACAAGUAGUGAAGUCCUAGACGAACUGUACAGAGUAUCCAAAGAGUAUACUAAAAACAAAUCAGAGUCACAAAAAGUCAUCAAAAACUUGAUCAAAAUUGCUGUGAAAAUUGGCGUACUAUAUCGUCACAACCGUUUCAGCCACGAGGAACUUGGCCUAGCUCAAGAUUUCAAGAACAAGCUACAUAAUGGAGCAAUGACAGCCAUUAGUUUCUAUGAAGUAGAAUUUACUUACGAGAAGGGGGUGCUCCCUGAAAUCCUCACUGAAUGCAAAAACUUGCUCCUUCGUCUUGUUGACAAACACCUCACCCCAAAGUCCCAUGGCCGCAUUCAACAUGUGUUCAACCACUUUGCAAACCAGGAAAUGCUCAGUCAACUAUAUGACCCCAAGGGGUCUAUGAGGCCCCAUUUACAGAAGAUUUGUCAUGGAAUGAACAAAUUGAUUGAUGAUGGAAAACUGUGAGGGAUGUUGGACUCAAAAUGGGAAUUGUGCAGGUUGUUGAACUCAACUUGGAGCCUAAAAAAACAUAAACCAGGAUUUAGUCCUGGAGGGUAUCAACCUCAGGAGCUGUGAACUGGUGUUUAAGAGAUAAAUGAAAGGAUUUCCAUGUGAUGUCAAAACCUAAAGACAACAAAAGUGGCACAAUAGGGACACAUUUGUGUUUUACUGCUUAUGGUGGAUGUUCCAAAAAUGUGGUCUUCAAGAAGCCACUUUUGAAAGGAUGGGCUGUUUUUCAUCAUAUCUCAGUCCAAAGAAGUUGCUAACUCUCGAAGGACUAGUUCCACACUUGCCGUAAGAUUUCUCUGGUGGAGAUGACCGGUAUCACUCUAUGGUUUUUGAGGGGCUCCAUGCCAGCAUGAGCUCACACAUUUGUUCCGCCUACACUUGAACUUUUGUCUACAUCUAAGUGUUUACAUCAUAGGAACAUGCCUGGAAAAUAUAUUCAUGUUGCAUGUUCUGUGACUUUGAAGUAUUUGGUACACAUAGGGCUUCUUUGUUGUUUUAAGAAUUACGGAGACUAAAGACAGCUCUGAACAAAAAUUUUGGUUCAAUGAUUGAUGUGAUAGUAGGGCCUACAACCCCGCCCUGGGGUCUCAUGAUUGUUCCUGGGCAAACUAAUGUUUACAGACUCUUUGGAAAUUUUCUCUUACUCUAUUUACAUCGGAAAUAAAUAUAUAAUGUUAAGUGAACAGGAGCUAAUUGGCCAUAGACCUUACAGGGAAUUUUCCCGGUGGGCCGAUGCCCAGGGGGCCGCCUGAGCCCUCCUCACAGCCGGCCAGUGGAAGUUU